CCAACACAGAUUGUAGUAACAUCUGAAGAUUUCAAAACUGUCUUGCAUUGGCAGUACCCACCGAUGUCUGAAACUCCUCAUUUUAUUGUGGAAAUCAAGCCUUACAAUUUAGGUUACUAUAAGAUCGUCUCAACUUGUGUGAACACUUCAGAGAAUUUUUGUGAUCUCUCAAGGGAAAUAAGUGAGCCUUAUUCCUCUCACUGGCUUCGAGUUAAAGCUGUUGUUGGAUCACAACAGUCUGAAUAUGUGGAGACAAAGGAGUUUAUUUUGCAAAAGCACGGAAAAAUAGGACCACCAAAACUGAAUCUUUCAAGGCACGGUGAUAAAAUCAUGAUUGAUAUUUACCAUCCUACAUUUCCAUCUGUGGAGCUUCUUCCAUGGAUCAGACAAAUUUAUUCAGAACUCACAUACGUGGUGACUUUUUGGGAUAGUAAAAAUCAGAGUAAAGAAUUGUACCCUGAAGACAACUGUACGAUACAUAAAUGUAUCCUCAGCAUCCCAGUUUUUGAAGGUUCCACUUACUGUGUUUCAGCGAAGGGAAGUUCAUAUGACAGUCUGAUAGUUGGUGCCCCAUCAACAGAAAGCUGCAUUCACGUUCCUCUCAAGCCCACACUGAACACACAAUAUAUCAUCAUUCUGUGCGGUGUUAUUCUGAGCCUGGUUGUAAUGUUGACAGUAUGUUGUGGCUGCAAGAAACUAAGGAAGAAGAACGUAAAGCUGCCUAAGUCUUUGGUCAGUGUGAUAAGAAACCUGAACACAGACAGCAUUCUAGAAUCAAAAUCAGAGGCAAAAUACCUAUCUGUAAUAAGCUUCAUGCCAGGCCAGUCAGCGUUGCCGGUGAAUGAUGGAGUAACCUUGCUGGAACCAAAAGAAGAAACGGUUAGUCCUGAGAAUUCCAGUGAAGGAGCAUCUUCCAUUCCUCCUCAAGAGCCACAAGCCAAAGCAGAAGAGGUGUCUGUGCAGGAAAGCACAGGGGUGGUACCUUCUGAUGAUGAACAGAAUUGCAAAGUAAAAGAGAGUUAUUUCGUUUCUGACAGUAGCCAGAUGGAUAUAUGCAGUAACUCUUCAGAGGUUUCUGACACAGAAAUACGACAAACAGUCAUACCAAGCAGCUGCCUCAAGUUUUCUGGCUAUGACAAGCCUCAUGUUCCAUUAGAUAUGUUGAUAGAUGUUGGCGAAGAACAGCCUGUGAUUGCUUACAGGCCGACUGACUAA